UUCAGGGUUCACAAAACUUAAACUCAAUUGUUAAAAAUCAAAUCUAUAUCAGUUUAAUGACAUUUUAACAUGAUGGUUUUACAUAUAGAACAGAAUCAUUAUAUGCAUGUCUUCUUAAACUAUACAUAAUUUUUGUGAGCUAUAGAAUUUCUAUUCCCAUAAAUUCAGGCUAUAAGAGCCCUUUGUCCCACCAAUAAUUGCCUGUAUGCACCAUACGGGUGCUUUGCUGUCAGGUAGGCCUGUUAUUCCGACCAUUAGUAAGAAGAGAUUUGAGUUUAAAAACUUGUAAUGGCAUAUCAGCUAAGACCCAGUUCCUAGCUUCUCUUAAUUUUUUGAGCUUGUAAUCCUUUUCACCAUCACACCAAGCACAGAUAUACACAUACAAACAAGCAGCGAAAUGUACUAUGUGGUCCUGCUCCAACUUUCUUUUUUCCUUUCCAACUUUUUCUUGCUAUCUAUUCACCUUCAUAAACAGGAUAUAUCCGCAUACCAUUUUCCAUCAGCACUACCAUUCACUGUGACAUAUUUUGAAAGCAAUGGAGGCCAGAGGUCUUGAAGGAAAGCUAUACUCAAAGGAGAAGGCCAUCAAGGAUUGUCUUGUUAUGGAAGUGGACAAUGACAUGGAAGACGAAGAAGAAAUUGGUAGUAUGGGAGAUGGGUUUGGUGGAGAUGAUGAAAAGAAGAAGAAGGUUUCUGGUAAGAAAGGAUCUGGUAGCACCAGUGGCAGCGUGUCUCCACCCUCUUGCCAGGUAGAGAAAUGUGGAGCUAAUUUGGCAGAGGCCAAGAGAUACCACAGGCGCCACAAGGUGUGCGAGAUUCAUGCCAAGGCGCCGGUUGUGCUUGUUGCAGGACUCAGGCAGAGGUUUUGUCAACAAUGUAGCAGGUUCCAUGAAUUGUCAGAGUUUGAUGAAGCAAAGAGGAGCUGCCGCAGGCGUCUAGCCGGACACAAUGAGCGGCGUAGGAAGAGUGCAGCUGAAACAUGCAGCGAAGGGUCAAGCCGGAAGGGGGUGAGUCCUCAGUGCAGGCAGACAGAUGAAAGAGACAGAAUACAGAUCAAUCUUCCCGGUACUUCCUCAUUCAAGCGUUCUCAGAUCAGAUGAAGUGGUCUGCUCUGCUGCUUCAUUUGCUCCCUCUCUUCUGUCAUCUACAGCUUCCUCUAUUCCCGUAUCAAUAUGGUACUUAUUAUAUGCUACGUAUGACGAUAAAGCUACUGCAACCAGGCAUAUGUUUCAACUGUUUUCCGUUAUGUGAGUCUAUAUGAUGCUACUAUUGGAUAAAAUAAUCGGGUUACAGCCAUUGCAUGAUUCACUUUUGGUGAAUAUGUGGUGAAGAAAACCAACUCCUAGCUUCAACUUGAAUUUUUUUGCGUACUUUGUAAUCAGACAUGACGGCAUGAUGAGGAAUGCUAUAGGGAGAAAAAAAAUGUUGCACUGGAAAUUAUUACAUAUUGGUUUGCUAAUGCUGUUUGUAAAAGCUUUCUCUGUCC